CGUGAUCAAUGACCUUUGUGCAAGUAUAUGGCUGAACCAAGUUCCCGCCUACAGUCAAGGACCUGAAAGAACCGUAGUUAAAUUUCGAGCCCGUCAAAGUACCCAAGAUGUGCCCUUCUCUAUUUUAUCUGCAUUUAAGUACCACAUUGAAAACAUAUCAAAAAUUGGAAAAUACUUAACUUCCAUAAGAAAAUCUCAGGCUUGGAUUGAAGAACAGGAAAGCAAAAUCCAUCGACUUUCGAAUAUAUUCCUUUGGACGGGUGGUCUUGUGGUAUACAUGAAAUGUUUAUUUAAUUUGAUUGCUUACUUCCAAACUAACAAGUCUCUCGCACUAGCAAAUGAAAUUCGAAUGCAGCAUGAGUCUAUUCAAUCAACAAUAAAAUAUAUGGAAAGACUUGGAUCUAUUUCUUAUCGAGUUCCCUAUGAUGAUAACGAUAAUCUCAAGCCAAGUCUAUUCAAGGCUAAAGCAAUCGUCACCAUCAAUAAACCGGAGGUAAUUGAUCACUUGACAAUAAGGCUUAUAUGUGAUGACUGUUCUCCUCAAAUAGGCAUAAUCAAAGAAACAAACCAGGAGGUUCCUGCCAUUUUCUUCGAACCUUCUUUCAGUGGGACUGAAGAAAGACUUUGCGAAAAAGUUCAAAACGAUCUUGAUGCAUUCAAAGCCAACUGCCUAACACGAGUUUGCAAUAUUCUUUUGCUUAAGCUCAGAAAUAAACCCAUUGUUCCAUCAUCAAGACGUCCACUGCAUUUUCCUCGUCGGGUGACAGCACCUGAACCUCUUGACAAGCGAAUUACUACGAUGCCACCUAACUUACAAUCAUCCCUUAUCGAUUGGAUAGAGAGAUUCGGCAAAGAUCGAAUGUCCUGGGAGCCCGUUGAUCAAUUCUGGCAAUGGUAUCAAUCAACUGAAGGUAAAAAUUCAAAUCAUGGGGGCUUCCGAUACUAUAGAAUCUGUCCAACUCGGCUUGCGUUUUAUGGAGUAUUCAGCACUAUGCUAUGCUAUAAAUUUUUCAUCAAUCUGCAGGCACUUUUCCAGAUGGAAAACUGUUCGCCAACGGAAUUUUAUGAAGAAUCAGGUUACAAUGAUACCGAGCCCAUUUCCCAACGAUCGCUUUCGAACGGUCUGAGAAGGUAUGAAGCUAAUCCAUCUACUUAUAUAUUAUUAAGUAGGCGUUGUUAA